ACGUCGUAUUUAUUUUCAUCCGGGUUUCUUGGCCUGACGCAAGAUGGUUGAAAACGCCAGGAACAGCUGAUCAAUUAUUUUUAGAAUCAUCCCGCUUAGUAAUAUCGGAAAAAUAUGCACCACCAAAAGCAAUCAUGGUAUUAGGGCAUCUAUGAGUGUUAGUUGUAGUCCAUCGGCGAUAUGGACACUACGUUAGACUUGUCAGGGAACUGUGAAACAUCUGUAGAAAUGCCAGAGACUCUCCGGCCAGAAGAGGAGGAGGGAAAUAUAGAAUAUAAGUUGAAGCUUGUAAAUCCAUCUGCAUCACGAUUGGAGCAUCUGGUAACACAAAUGAAAUGGCGUUUAGAAGAAGGCAACGGAGAAGCCAUCUAUGAGAUAGGUGUUGAAGACAAUGGUAUUCUCACUGGUCUUACAGAAAUGGAUUUGCAGGCAUCUCUGGUAACUUUGGAGACCAUGGCUAAUAGGCUUGGCGCCUCGCUGACAGUUCUCAGAGAGAGAAUUAUGGAGCCUGAAGGAGAUGUAACAGAAUGCAAGAAAGUGAUGGAAAUCCUCAUUAGAAAAGUUCCAGAUGACCAGGAGUUCAUAGAUCUGCGGCUCGCUGUGCUGGGGAAUGUAGAUGCAGGUAAAUCAACACUGCUUGGGGUAUUGACACAAGGCGAGUUAGACAAUGGUCGAGGUUGUGCACGGUUGAAUCUUUUCCGACACUUGCAUGAGAUUCAGUCAGGGCGAACAUCUUCCAUCUCAUAUGACAUCCUUGGGUUUGACUGCAAAGGCCAGGUUGUGAAUUAUGCAGAAUGCCGCACAAUAGAAGAGAUCUGUGAAAAGUCCAGCAAGCUUAUCACACUGAUCGACCUGGCAGGCCAUCACAAAUAUCUAAAAACCACAAUUUUCGGCCUCACUGGGAACUGCCCUGAUUUUGCCAUGCUUGUUGUCAGUGCCACCACUGGCAUAGUGGGCACAACCAAAGAACAUCUGGGCUAUGCAUUAGCACUAGGAGUACCUGUGAUUGUGGUGGUCAACAAAGUUGACCUGUGCCCUAAAAUAGGACUCCAACGACUUUUGAAGCAGCUGGAGACCAUCCUUAAAUCACCAGGCUGUAGGAAGAUUCCAGCUCGUAUCAGUAAUGAGGAUGAUGCCAUCAGUGUUGCCAGCAGCUUAGAUACUAACAGGUGCCAGACAGUGGUUAAAACUGUGAAUUUGGCUCUGCCCUUUAGGAUAACUCCCAUCUUCACAGUGUCUUGUGUGACGGGGCAAAAUCUGGAUCUUAUUCUGAAGUUUCUGCAUGUGCUGCCACCACAGCACUCCCAUAGUGAGCGAGAACGCCUUGCACAAGACCUUACAGAAUUUCAGAUUGAUGAACUUUACUCUGUACCUCUGGUAGGGACAGUUGUAGGCGGUGUCAUCAGAAGAGGGUCUAUACGAGAAGGGGAAAAACUGCUGUUAGGUCCUUCAGAUUCUGGCACUUUUAAUGAAGUCAAGGUCCGAACUGUGCAUCGAAAUCGACUUCCCUGUCGUUUAAUACAAGCUGGCCAGGCUGCCUCUGUAGCACUGAUGGAUGUAGAGCGUGAACAGUUGAGAAAAGGUAUGGUAUUAAUCAGCCCAUCAACACCAGCUGUGUGCUGCCGUCAGUUUCAAGCAGAUGUUUAUGUACUGUUCCAUUCUGGCCAGAUCAGCAGUAACUUUCAGACAACCAUUCAUAUAGGCACUGUUUGUCAGACUGCUAAAAUCUUGAAGAUGGACAGGAGUUCUUUACGAACAAAUGAGAAAGCCCGAGUGAUCUUCGAGUUCAAGUACAAGCCUGAGUAUAUUCGAGUUGGAGCACGACUUUUGUUCCGGGAAGGAAAAUCUAAAGGUGUUGGGGAAGUCUUACAGAUUUUCCCAUAUGAAUGUAUUGAACGCUAGGCAUAGUUUUAUUCACCAGCUGCAGCAGUGCAGCAUUUGGCUGUGAUAUUUUUUUUAUUUGUUGGGGCAAAGAGCUGGACCGAAGUGAUAAACUUCAUUAUUUGUGCAGGGUUUCUGUUCUUGGUAAGUUAACUGAGAGUUUCAUUGUUUUGAUUUAAAUUAAAUCUUUGACUUGUAUAAGUGAGUACUCAUUUUUGGGGCAUGGUCUUUUGGUAGACCAACAGUUAUAAUCUUGGAUAAAGACAAUGUAUCCUGGAUAUGUAGUAAGAGCCAUUGAGAAAGAAAUAGAAUCUGUGUUGUUUGCACUCAUGAGAGGAUCUUUAACAGGUCAAGGCUGAUCCAUAUAUAUGAUCUGUAUAGAAAUGGUGCUGAAAUUUUGUGGUGGCAGAAAAUGGAUUGAUAGACUUUGUUGAAGGCAUACAUCUUGAUUUUGUAUUACAUUGGUCCCUUCGCUCUUUGCGCAAAUUCUUUUGUACAGCAGGAUGUAAAAGGACAAUAGGCUUUUCUUUUCACCCCUCAUGGUAGUCAUCAGACCAGCAGAGGGCUGUGUUGAUGUGUGUGCAAGAAGUCUGUACAACUGAUUUUAUAACUGUAUAUUGAUGUCUCCAUCAUUAUGUUAUGUAUUUAUAUGUAAUUUCUCAUCAUCGUCAGUUCUGCUGCACUGUAUGUCCAUACAGAUAUGCAUACCUGUAUGAGACAGCAAUGUUCUACUAGGAGGGAAUUUUUUUUUUAAUCAUACAACGACUGUACAAUUAGAUCUCGACAAGGGAUGGCUUAAAGUUUGCAGUGCAGUGGGAAGGUUGUUUCCCAUCUCCCUAUGAAUUAGAAUUGGAUUCAAAGGCCCACCCCUUUUGGCCACAGCUCCUGGUUCUUUGCUUUGUGCAAGAUGUGGUUUGAAGUGUGUUUUGUGCGACAUCACUGGACUGUGCCUGCAGUGUCUUUCUUGCCCUUUAUGAAGGCAGUGAAUGAGAGUCUGGGAAUGCUUUUGAUUGCAUGGAUCACAAAUGUUGUACAUCUUGUGUAUGUACCUGUUUGCUUAUCAGUGAUCCUGCCUGCAAAAUGUGUAAUAAUUGCUUUAUCAAGCAGUUCUAAUCAGUAAUAUCCAUUUUUAUGCAAGAUUUGUGAAAUCUGAGAAAAAUGGCUGUUCUAUGCUUAAAGAUGGAACUUCCACCAUCUGGCAGAAAAGAAUGUUUCAGCCUGGGGUUGGGAAGCAAGGGUGUUUUUUUUUAACAGGCCAGAUGAAACCAAUUAGUUGAGCAUGACCACUAGGGUAGCUGGCACCUCAUAUAUUACCUCCCUCCCAUGCGUCAAACCAAUUUUUUCUCCUGCUCUAAGGUAGAAGUUUGGCCUUUAAUCUGUCAUCUUUAAAUAGGAAGGUCUUAGAAAUAAAGGCAGUUUACUGCAUAAUUUUCCUAUGUGCAUACAUUUUUAUAAUGGUGCCUACAUCAUAAGCUGCUAUUUUUGAACAACAGUUUCAGUGCCAUAGAGACAGUAAUACAUUUUUUGUACUUUGUAUACUUUUAGUAUAAAAUCAUGUUUGGCACACUGCAAGGUGUUCAUCGUUGGAUCAUAAACAAGCAUUGUGCAUAUAUUCUGAGCAAAUCAUUCCAUCAUUUUAAAGUAUAGCAUCAGUAGCUGAUUUUCCUUUUUGAUGUGGUAAAAUUGAUGACAUUACUCAUACUUUCAACUAAAGGUCUACAAUCUUGGAGGUAGCUAUGGACUGGAGCAAAGCUGAGACCUUUAAUUAUUGUCCAAGUACAGGCCUUGAAAGUUGUCAGAUAACCUUGGGGAUUCCCCUUACCUCUGUCUUCAUGUAAACUGCAAACUUUGGUGUUACCAUCAUGUAGCAUGCAUUUUAAACAUUCUUUAAAGCACAUAUUUCUCCAUAUUUACAUAAUAAGUCAUACUAUUUUAAAUUACUGGAGAAGGAUGGCUGAUUAGAAUACUUUUGACUUAAUUUCUUUUGCCAGAAAAUGUAAAUGAUAUGGUACAACCCAUUGUUUAAUUCAUCAUAUUAACAUCUAUUAUGUAUGGCAAAUUUUUAUUGCAACAGUUUUUAUUUUAGCAUUUAAGAAUCAAGUUUUUAAAUAGAAAAUGUAAUCAUGGUUUUUGCAGCUUUUAAUGUUUUUGCUUGUUGGGCACCUCAGCUUGGAAGUAUCAAAUGCAUUGGUAGAUCAAAGCUGUGAAUAGAAAGUGACAGGAUGGAAAAAAGUCUUAAAAGAAAACUUAAUAAUAAGUGAAUUUAUAUGGCAUUUAACCCCACCGUCAAAGGCUAUUUCUAAGCGCUUUACAAGGGGGAAAAAUAUAAACAUUUUUAGACAUGAUGAUGAUUUCAUUAUGAGAAGGUGAAUGCCAUCCACAUAGAUGCAGUGACUGCAGCUCAGUUCCACUAACAAAAUAUCCCUUCUUUUCAUUUUUGACUUGCAGCUGCGAUAUUUACUUGUAGUAGUAUCAGCAGUAAUGGUGAUGGUGGAAGCAACAGCAUACAUAGUCGUCCAUAUUCGGUGCACGGAUGACUGUCAUGGAGGUCACAUUAACACAAUGAAAGUGAAGAAAAUAAAUGAAGCAGGAGGUAGCAGAUCAGAGCAUCAAGUCCAUGCUUGAUGUAGUCUAAAGCAGUGGUGAAGAAUGUUGCAAGGAAAAUGGUCCAUGGAGCAGAAAAUGAAUGCCUGCAGGGAAGUGGACAGUACAGCAAAUGAAAAACCAGAGUUGAGAUGGCAGAUAAGGCAGUGGGAAUCCACUCUCAUUUUUUCUUCUGCCCAAAUCAUGUUCCACCAUAUCUACAUCUGCAUAUGAUGUAGACAAGUCUAUAACAAUACUAAAAAUUUAUGUAUAAUUCAAGCUUUGUGUGAACGUUUUAAGCUGCUGAAUUACUACAUUAUUUGCUGCACCAUAUUCAGAUGACUUCCUCUGAGUUGGCUAUUCCUGUUCAUGCAACAGUCUUUUACUGGUGUGUUUUUGUUGAUUUCUUUUCAACCACCAUUCUUUAAUUUUCCAGCUAGCUUCAUAGUCAUAGGAUGACAGGAACUGUGGUUAAACACAGAUUCAUCUGUCAGGUGCUUCGUGCAGUUGAAGUGAUCAGUGUUUCAUUAUUUUAUGGUUUGGUGUGUAAUUCCCUCCCCUAGUAGCAUCAAAAUAACAGCUGUCAAGAUAAAAAGCUGAUUAUCUAUGACCUGUUGCACUGGUUAUGUUUUUGGUUAAAUGAAGUUUUAAAUUUGUAUUAUUAUUAUCAUGUGUUACCGUUCGGAUGUGGAAACCUAGUUUUAUUAAAGACUGGCUUUAUUGCUCUUUGAUAA